UUUUUAAAUAAUAUGUAUACAUCUUAAUCUAUAAAAAUUAUUGAAUCAAGUAUAAUUAUAUUUUUGAAAGGUUUACUUAAGUUAGAAGAAAUAAGGAAUGCAGUACUAAUUUUUGUGCUUAAAGAAAUGGAACAUUAGACUACAGGACUUCCUUUAAACGAAGACGUUAUAAAUAACUUAUUAAUGAAAAUAAAUAAAGUUAUAAGUCAAGAUAUCCUCAAAGAAUGGAUUAAAAAAUGUAGUGAAAUUGUUGAAUAUAAAGGAAUAAUUUAAAUUCAUGAAUUUUUAUAUUUAGUAUGUAAUACAGUUUAAAGACAUUAAUUUAUUGAUAAAAUACCCAAAAUUCCUAUGGAUAUUGAAAGGGAUAAAUAUGGAUUAUUUAAAAUAGAAUCUGCUAAAGCCUCUACAUAAAAAAACCCAGACGCUAAAAUAUAGAACCAUAUGAAAUAUUAAUAUAAUUUAGAAAAGAUGGUAUUUGAAGGUCGAUAAAUGUAUAAAAAGGAGGAAUGUAAAUAAAGAAACAGAAGAAUCUGA